CGGUAUCAAUGUCAGUCGAGGGGAGGAGCACGUGCUCGCUUCGCGCGCAUCCCGCCUUGGUGAUUGGCUGAAAGAAGCCGGCCGCGGAAGUGGCUGCGCCGGGAAGGCGUCGGGGCUGGAAGCUGUCUGCCCAGUGAGAGUUGCUUGGUUAAUUGAGAUCUACUGAGGAUAGGAUUCUCUAAUCUUCAGAUAUGGCAGCUGUUGCAGUGCUAGAGGAGGAACUGGUUUCCAUUGAAAAUGAGCUUCAGGCAGUGGAGAUGCAGAUUCAGGAGCUUCUGGAUAAACAGCAGGAACUCAUUCAUAAGAAGAUGGUGCUAAAGAGGCUGAUAAAGCAGUCCUCAGAAGACUCAGAGGCUGGGGGAAGCAAAGAGACUGAAACCUCAGUGGAGGCGUGGAACAAAAAAGAUUUUCCCUGGUAUGAGAAGAUCAAAACCGCACUGCAGAGCAAGUUUAAACUCCAGAAGUUUAGGUCCCUGCAGCUCGAAACAAUAAAUGCUGCAAUGGCAGGGAAGGAUAUAUUUCUUGUCAUGCCUACAGGCGGCGGAAAGAGUCUUUGCUAUCAGUUGCCAGCUGUCUGUACUGAUGGUUUCACGCUUGUGAUAUGUCCUUUGAUAUCACUUAUGGAAGAUCAGCUCAUGGUUUUGGAACAACUUGGCAUUUCUGCAGCUCUAUUAAAUGCCUCAAGCAGUAAGGAGCAUGUGAAGUGGGUUCAUGCUGAAAUGCUGAAGAAAAAUUCGCAACUGAAGCUCAUUUAUGUGACCCCAGAGAAGAUUGCAAAAAGCAAAAUGUUCAUGUCAAAGCUAGAGAAAGCUUAUCAAGCAGGGUGUCUUGCUCGUGUUGCUGUAGAUGAGGUCCACUGUUGUAGUCAAUGGGGCCAUGACUUCAGGCCUGACUACAAGUCUCUUGGUAUUUUGAAAAGACAGUUUCCCAAUGCUCCGUUGAUUGGGUUGACUGCAACUGCUACAAAUCAUGUUUUAAAGGAUGCUCAGAAAAUUCUGUGUGUUAAGAAAUGCAUUACCUUCACUGCAUCUUUCAACCGGCCCAAUCUUUACUAUGAGGUUCGACAUAAGCCAUCAAAUAAUGAGGACUUCAUUGAGGACAUUGUUAAGAUCAUCAAUGGAAGGUACAAAGGACUCUCAGGAAUUGUUUACUGUUUUUCUCAGAAGGACUCGGAGCAAGUUACUGUGAGUUUGCAGAAACUGGGAAUCAAAGCAGGGACUUAUCAUGCAAAUAUGGAUGCGAAGUAUAAGACCAGAGUCCAUAAAGGAUGGGCAACAAAUGAAAUCCAGGUUGUAGUGGCAACUGUUGCUUUUGGCAUGGGAAUUGAUAAACCAGAUGUGAGGUUUGUAAUUCAUCAUACUAUGAGCAAAUCCAUGGAGAACUACUACCAAGAGAGUGGACGUGCAGGUAGAGAUGACCAAAAAGCUGACUGCAUUUUAUAUUAUGGUUUUGGAGAUAUAUUCAGAAUCAGCUCAAUGGUAGUGAUGGAAAAUGUAGGGCAAGAAAAGCUAUAUGAUAUGGUGUCUUACUGCCAGAAUAUGAACAAGUGUCGCCGGGUCCUCAUAGCCCAUCAUUUUGAUGAAGUAUGGGAUUCUGCAAACUGCAACAGAAUGUGUGAUAACUGCUGUAGAGAGAACUCAUUUCAGAAAAUGGAUAUAACAGGAUACUGCAGGGAUCUAAUCAAGAUACUUGAGCAAGCUGAAAACAUGAGCGAGAAGCUCACGCCAUUGAAAUUAAUUGAUGCAUGGCUGGGGAAAGGUGCGUCAAAGUUGAGGGUGGCUGAAGUUACUCCACCAAAGCACACUCGAGAGGAACUGGAGAGAAUGAUUGCUCAUUUACUGCUGCAGCAGUAUCUGAAAGAAGACUUCAGCUUCACGGCAUUUGCUACAAUAUCCUACCUGAAGAUAGGACCAAAAGCUGAUCUGCUAAAAAAUGAGGCACAUAUCAUCACAAUACAAUGGACAACAAAUGAGAAAAGCAUCUACAGGAACAAACCAUCUCAGUCUGCAAAUUUGAAAGGAAGUGGAGGAAAUACUCAGAAUAUUUCAAAGAAAAUCCAAGAUUCAGCAGUGAAGAAGUCACAAGAACAUAAGCGGCCUAACUGUGGAACCAACUUAAAAGCAAAGAAGCUUAAGCUUCAGGCAGGUGGAAAUGAAAAAACAAUAGUUCUUGACUGAGUCUUAGAGGCUACGUCUAGGACUAACCAUGUUUGCUUCUCUAUGGACAAUCGUAAGUUCAGCUUGUAUUUUAGUAAUAGUAUUUUUUUUUUAAAGGAUUUGCGUUCUUUACAAAAAAGGUCAAGGGAAAACAAGUAUUGUUAAAACCUAGCAGUACAGAGAAGAUUGAACCCUUCUCUCCAUCUCAAAUCUAGCACCACUUGAAUAAAUAGCAAAGAGACAAAUGCUUCGUAUCAAAGUAAUUGGUAUCUAUCUUGUGAUGCAGUAAUGUAACAUAACAAAAUGUAAGUAACUGUUAUGUUGUCUUUCAUAACCUCUUUUGAAAGUGCAGUGUAUGGUAACGCUUCAUCACAGAAUCAAGCAUGUUGAAAGGCACCUCCAGAGAUAAUCUAGUCCAAUCUCCUGCUCAAAGUUGGUCCAAUUAGAGCAAAUUGCUCAGAGUUGUGUCUGAGUUUGGACUGUUCCAAGGAUGGAGGUGCCACAGUCUCUCUGGACACCUGUUCCAGUGUCUCACCAACUUGAUGGUUUUAAAAAAAAUUUAAAAAUUCUUAGAUCUAAUUGUUAUUUCCUGUGUUGCAACUGGUGUCCAUUGCCUCCUGUCCUAGGAUUGUGCUCUUCUGAGAAGAGUCUGGCUCUCUUGCUAUGCUACCAACUAUAUCUCCUGAGCCCCCUUGCCUUCCCUGCCAGUCUCACCAGGCGUUCUGACAAGCAGAUCCCCGAACAAGUUAUUCUGUUCUCCUAAAGUCCAGGGCUGCAGUUCUAGUAUGUCUUGCUCACAUCUCUCAGGAUUUUAAGCCCCACAGUCUCUCAGUCACUGAGCAACAUCUGGGAUCUGGGCCCUAAGUAAGAUGGUUCAUUGGCAGAUGGGUCUUCUAGGGGGGCCUCUGUCUACCACAGAAGGGAUUCUCUGUUAACUAUCACCCUCCUUUUUCUCCUUUGGCUCAGGUUCAGCUAGCUCCUAUGCCCCCCUGCUGGAGGUAAUUUUCCUCAUCUCUUCCCAGGGCACUCUACCUGUCUGUAGUGGCUGAACUGCAGACAGAGAAGGAGCCCUUUUGUGUUGCUGGAAGCAACAGGUUUCCAGCUUUGCCUACUGGGGGAGUCUCCAUCCACCGCUUCUUUGAGGGUAGCCUCUGGUUGUCCCUCCUUUGCAAUACAGAGCCUGGGCAGUUCUUGGCUCUGUAGAGUCUCUGCAAAGACCCUAUCAAUCUCUCCUGUUCCUCCUCUCUGUUGCUACACGGGCUGCAGGAGCUGCUCCUCCUGUGAACUGGCACUGUGAUAGGAGCACAGCUCCCACCAGUGAGGCCACCACUGGCUCCAGCUGCAGUGAGAGGCACCAGGCACUCCCUGCAGCCAGAGAACUAGGCUGCAGCAUCUUUUCUGCUGGAGCUCUCUGUGGGUUGAAGCCUCUGCUGUGUUAAGGACAGUUGCUCCAGCCCAUGUGGGCAUCACCACCAUUGUUGCACAGUCUUGAGCAGAGAUAUCUGGCCCUUUUCUGAUCUUGCUGUGAUGAUGGCUGCAACUCUGUUAGCUGCCCAUCUGCUAUGCAGUAGUAGAUGUAAUACAUCUACUGCAGCACAUUCAAGCACUGGAAUGCACUUAAAACAAAAAUUUAAGCAGAACACUGUUACAACUUUGCACUGCUUCUGGCUUGUGGAGUUUUUCAUGAAAUACUAUACAUACUUAUCCUGUUAAAAUGUAUUCAUUUCUCUUACAAUUGUAUUUUUCUAGCUUGUUAUCCAAAUGGAAAAUUAUUAAUUCUGGGCUUUUCAAAAGCACCCAGAUUUAUAUUUAAAGACAACACUUCCUGACCCUUCUUGUGUUGUACUUUAUUUGGGAAAUACAGGAACAACUCUACCAGAGAAGUAACAACUCUGUCCUCCCUUUUCCCCUUCUGCCCCCAGUCAGCUUGGACUUAAAUGCCAGCUAUAGAGCUGCCUUCUAAUUUUUCUAAAGUGGAUCUGGUCAUUCUCUUAUGAAUAAGAAUCAUUUUAUUUUGUAAGCAAUAGAACAUUGCUUACAUUGCUUAAGUUAGUGCUUUACAAAGGGUCCAAGCAUCUGGAGCAACAGUGAAAAUUAGAAUAGUUGCAUACUUUAAGCCUCAAAUGUGGACUAUACUAAAUUUAAUCUUUGGGCAAUUUCUGGAUUCUAGUCUCUUAACCUAGCUACUUGAGAAAUACACCUAUUUAUUUGCUUAUAUUAUUUCUGCUGUGUUUAUGGAAAUAAGGAAAGAGAGGGCAACUAUAGGUGCACAUCUCUACUUGUCUGUGGCUUAGUGUAACAUGUUUCCACUAUUUGAAAGUGCAGCUUGUCUCUUUUGACUCACUUACAAUUGUUUUUAUGUGACGUUUUGGCUCUGUCAAGCCAAGAGAACCAGUACUUACUGCUGCAAAUGUUCACGCAUGUUCUCUCAUCCCAAGGAGCUAAGAAAUUGCCAACAGUUGAAGGUGGCUUGCUGUCAGGGGUGACUAUUGAACAUCAUAUAUAGUUUUAUCUGUAUUUAUUACAGCUGUGCAGUUAAUAGUACUGUUCUUGAUGAUAUGUAGUGCAGAUUUUAGAGUGAUGCUUCUGUGCAUUAAAAUUGCACUCAUACCUAUGAAAUUAUAUACUAUAGACCUGGAGUUUGAGUAAAAUUCAAAUUUCAACUUGCAACUUGACAUGUUUUAAACUGUUUUUUAUUGCAUACCAGCUGACACACCUUACUACCUGAAUUUUUCAUCCCAGCAAUCUAAAUAAGAAAUACUGAAUGUGGAACUCUUUAUCUGAAGAAGUACAGGUCACUUGAGGAUAUCUGUUAAAGAAGUUGGUGCAAAUAGCUGCUAUGGUAGAAGGAGACUCUGUGGCUUUGUCCUGUGUACUUUUACUGUGUAAAAUUUUGGAAUGCUUCUCCAUAAUAUUCAAUGCAAGUUUAGUGAAAACUAUGAUAGUUGACAGAAGAUUAUAAAAAUCAUUUAAAAUUAUAAAGUAAGGGUAGAAGAGAGGUUGCAUUCUAAAGCAUUUCACAAGCAGUAGGAAUUUGAUAAUGCGGAAGUUACAAUAAAAUGUAAUGAAUUUGAGGUUCAGAAUUA